GAUUCUCAUCAGGCGACAUCUACCAGCAGGACGAAUAAAAACUGACAUGAAGCUGGGCUUGCUGCUGUUACUGGUUGUGGCGGCGCUGCUGCCCUACCUUUCUGAAAGUCGAACUGUCUCCAAAUGCGAGCUGAAGGAAAAGCUUGCGGCGAAAAUCCACUUGCCCAGAAAGCUUAGGAGGCAUACAGAUGAAAUCCUGUCAAUAAUUAUCUGUGAGGUCAACAGGAAGUCUGGCCUGAACACCAGCCUGGUCAAUGUAGACGGUAUGCGCUUUCCCAUGAGCACAGCCGAGCCAACAACUGAAGAAAUAGAACCAGAAACCAUGGAAGCAAUGACAGAUGCCCCGACUACUCCUGCUGCUACCACAACUACUACUACUACUACUACUACCACUACUACCACUACCACUGCUGCAACUACUGCUGCACCAGUUUCCUCUAAUGCAGCCGCAACAUCUGGCAGCAGCAGGAAAAAGCGAAGCGCUUCCUCCAGAAGAAGGAAGGAAUCACGGGAAUCCCUGAAUGAUAUGGAAAACAGGUUUGAUGAAGAAGAGAUGGCGGAAGACGACGAGCGCAUGAGCAAGGAGGACAGCUCUGAUGAGGAGAACUCGUCCCGUCACAGGGAUCCCAACCAGAUGCACCUUUGGUCCCUCGGCUAUUAUGGGAUCUUCCAGCUGAGGGACAGCCUGUUCUGUGAUUCUGGGUACCGCUGGUCCAAGAAUUGGUGCCAGAAAUCCUGCACAGAUUUCACGGACGAUGACAUAACAGAUGACAUCGAGUGCUUCAUAAACACCAACUACUUCUGGUACUUCUUCAGGAAUCUCUCUAAGGAGUGUUUCCAUGAGAGAAAAACUUUCCUCCAAGAUUGCUCCUAAGUGUCUGUGAGAGCUACUUCUGCCAACAGGUCUACAACGAGCUGUAGAUGGUAGAAUUGUUCUGUGAAUUAUUGCUUUGUUUUUCAUCGUUGAAGAUCAGUGUAAUCUUCUUUAAAUCGUUGUAUUAGAGAUAAUACCAAUAUUGCUGCAAUUUGAUUUAGGUCUUUCUGUACUUAUUUGACAACCAAAUGAAUGAUGUAAUACCUCAUUUCUAAGGGCAAUAAAGGUGAACCUUCUGCUGGGAGUGUUUGGGACUGUUUCAUAUAGUUGUGGAGAGUAAUUCUAGAUAACCUGACUGGCUCUUAUCAUAUCCAAACCCAUCCUGUAGUAAUGUAAUGACUUUUCAAAUACACUAAAAGGAGUAUAAAACAAUUAUAAUAAUUCAAAAUAUAUAUAUUUUCCUCUAAAGUGUAAACAUUUAGGAGUUCCAUUUAAAGAUCUCUGUUAUAUGUGUGGUCACAAAGCUGGAGCUUUGAAAUGCAACUGUUUUGUUUUGCACAUCAUCAUGCAUCAGCACAUUUUCCUUCUUCGUCGUUGUCACAUGUCCCCUCUUAGCAUUUCAGGCAUAGCACACAGAAAAGCUGGAUGCCUACAUGUGCUGUUGCCUGCUAGAUCUAGCAUAAAAGUAGAUGGGUCACAUUCCUGAAAAUAAAUCCUGCAACAAUUUG